CCAGCUGGCAUCAUUGUGUACCCACAAGCCGGGCUGCUGAAUUGGAUGUGGCAUCACGCAGGGAUCAGGAAAGGUGACAGGGUGAGGCAGGUAUGAGGCUUCUCCCUCCAACUGGAACCCACCAACACCCCUGGCUGUAAUGUGCGAGUCACAUGGCCGCAGCAGCCGCAGUGUCCGGCUCUCCGCAGGGAUCUCUGGACCUGAACCAACCGGGGUUUAAGAAGGAGAUUCUGGGCACCAAGCUCGAGGUGAAGUACCUGUGUUCCGACUGCAAGAAUUUAUUACGGAGACCCCUCCAGGCCCAGUGUGGGCACCGCUACUGCUCCCAUUGCCUCAACAAGAUCAUCAGCACUGGCCCCCAGAAGUGCUCUGCGUGUAUCCAGGAGGGUAUAUACGAGGAUGGCGUCUCCCUGCUGGAAAGCAGCACCGCAUUCCCGGACAACGCGGCGCGGCGAGAGGUGGAGAGUCUCCCCGCUAUUUGCAAUAACAACGGCUGCAACUGGAGGGGAACCAUCAAAGAGUACGAGGUUGGCCACGAGGGGAAGUGCCCGUACUUGUUGGCGCCGUGCCCGGCCUGUAAGACUCUAAUCCGCGCCGCCAAUAGGGACUUGCACAGCGAGCGAGAGUGCCCGGAGCGCAAGCUGAACUGCCGAUACUGCAAGUUGUCCUUUUACUUCCCUGACAUUAAGGCGCACGAUGAGAUCUGCCCCAAGUUCCCCAUGACGUGCGAAGGCUGCGGGCGCAAGAAGAUCCCGCGGGAGAAGUUCCCAGACCACGUUAAAAUCUGUGGGAGGUGCAAAGUGCCGUGUCGAUAUGCAGCAGUCGGGUGCACCGAGAUGGUGGAGAACGACAAAUGUCUGGAGCACGAAAACAAAUCAUUGGCCGAGCACUUGGCCAAAGUGUGGGACUACAUUCAGCACGGCCGAAAGGAGCAGAACGACCUGUCAGUCCGUAUGGGGUCACUGUCCGUGCAGGGCAGCCCCGCCCCUCCGGCCAACGCUCCGCCCAACAACUCCGCCAAGGUCGCCGAAAUGCUGCUCAAGUUCGACACCCUGGACAAGAAAAACACAACGUUCGAGAACAUCGUGAGCGUCCUGAACCGGGAGGUGGAGCGGUCGUCGCACGCGGCCGAGGAGCUCGCCAGGCAGCUACGGGCGGCGCAGGAGAAAGUGGAAGCUUUGACUACCAAGGUCCGACAGCUGGAGCGCACUCUGGGGCAGAAGGAACUGAUCGUGGCGGAACUGGAGACGCGGAUGCAGGAGUCGGAAUUAUCCACCUACGAUGGGGUGUUUAUUUGGAAAAUCUCUGAGUUCGGCAAGAAGAGACAGGACGCCAUCAACGGGCGAUGCCCCGCCAUGUUCUCCCCACCUUUUUACACUAACAAAUACGGCUACAAAAUGUGCCUGCGCAUCUACCUGAACGGGGACGGCACCGGGCGCAACACCCACCUGUCGCUCUUCUUCGUGGUGAUGAAGGGAAACAAUGAUGCUUUGCUGCGCUGGCCCUUUAACCAGAAGGUCACCCUGAUGCUGCUCGACCAGAACAACCGCGAGCAUGUGAUCGACGCCUUCCGGCCCGACGUCUCGUCGUCCUCCUUCCAGCGCCCAAUCAGCGAGAUGAACAUCGCCAGCGGGUGCCCGCUCUUCUGCCAGGUCUCCAAGCUGGAGGGCAAGAACUCGUACGUCCGCGACGACACCAUCUUCGUAAAGGUUAUAGUGGAUCUGACUGGGCUCUAGCGCCGGUUCUGACUAUUCCCCACAGAGAGGCACCACGCCCGGCAGCCAUUCGGGUCAGUACCAUGGUCGGUUCUGCUUUCUGCAUCCUACACACUCUUGGGCCGGCCCAAUUGGUCACAGAGAGGGGGGGGGUUCAUCCUAUCGGCUGAUUUCGUGGAGAAAGAACGAGUUCCUGGGGCUCCUGGGAACUCGACCCAAAUUCUACUAAAGUUCAGUUCUUGUCUGGAGGACAGGCAAAUCCCUCUGAGAUGCCCCAGCCGGGGCACAUGAUGGGACUGUCCGUGGAGGAGAGAACCCCAAUUCUGCUCCUUCCCACCCUCCCGCACCCCCUUUCUGUAUUUGUACUUGUCUGGACCCCCUAGUUGCCCCCUGUGCAGCUUUAGACCAAUGCCGGGGGGGAUGCAGAAAGUUGGGGUACCCUAAUGUCUGUGUGCGUUGUUGCCUACCCAACGCCACCCCUUUAUUUGCCCCUGUGGUAAAGGAAUGAUCUAGGCUGGCGAAUGUUAAAGGGUAAGUAAUGCCGCUACAUAACAUUAUGCCCCGCCCUAGAGAUGAUUGGCUCUGACUCCCAGCUCCGCCUCCUUGGCACGGCGGGCAUGCACGGGAUGUAUUGUAAUGGCCUCUGCAUGCCCCUGGGAUGAUGGGUGCCAGAGCUGUAGGGUGCAGGCAUGCCUCACCCUAGGGUUAGCUGGCUGGAAGCCAGAGUGGGGGGUAAAUAGGAGAUUCCAAAAGAUCUGGCCACUCCCAUUGGCUGCUCUAGGGGCAUUUCUGUCCA